UAGUCAAAUGUCAAAUUAUUAUUAUCGUUAUCAAAUUUUUGCUUUUGACCAUGUCUUACGAAGUGCAUGUGCUCUCGAAUGGAUAUUCCGUCGAUGAACAAAAUCAUAUGCUAGCAAAUUGUACUUGCACGUUAAUUUUGGGACCCAUAAAUAUAAUCGUCGAUACGAUGACAUCUUGGGAUAAGGAGGUGAUUUUAAACGGAUUGGCUAAACACAAACUUACGCCAAGUGAUAUCAAUUAUGUUAUUUGCACACACGGCCAUUCAGAUCAUAUAGGAAAUAAUAAUCUGUUUUUAGAAUCGAAAUUGAUAGUUGGUUUUUGUGUAUCAUUUAAGAACAAAUAUGAAUAUUUUCCAUUUAAAGAAGGAAAAGAAUUCAUAAUCAACGAUAACAUAAAAGUUAUACCCACUCCUGGUCAUACUCUCCAAGAUGUAACAGUAAUAGUCACUACAGAUGAUGAUGUGAUAGCAAUAACAGGAGAUUUAUUUGAAAAAGAGGAAGAUAUAGAAAAUCCAAGUUUAUGGUUAUCAUCUGGCAGUGAUGACCCAAAACUACAAAAAUAUCAUAGAAGACAAAUUAUUGAUAUGAGUACCUACAUAAUUCCUGGACAUGGUCCAAAAUUCAAAGUUACAGAUAAGCAAAGAGCAAUAAUUGACCUCUCCUCCGAUGCUUGAAAGAACCACUAACUUUUCUAAAAUGUAAAUAAUGAGGCAAUUCUGCCGUUACAGAGCUCACAAAUAGCGUUGUCAUGGCAAAGCCAUUUUAUUCUUGUUCCGUUGUUGUGAAACUAUCAAAAUGUCCACAAGGGAGAAAGUUAUAAUAACUGCAUCAUCGAAGAUUCUGUUAUCAUAACAUUUAUCCUUGUUUGUUUAUACUUAAAAUACGCCAAAUCGCACAGCAAAUAGACAUUUUCAUAAUUUUUACUACUAAAACAAGCAUAAGAGAGUGUUGCCAUGACAACUCUAUUUUAUGAGUUCUGUUAUGGCAGAAUUGCCCCAAAAGCACUGCAAUAAAAUAGAGUAAGGUCAUAUAGAACAUGAAUAUAUGUCUUUUGACUUACUUAAAUUUAUUUUCUAAAUAAUAUAAAUUGAUUUGUUACAAAGAGUAAUUUUAAAUUAAAACAAUUUCGAAUUAUAUAUAAAUUUACAAUAAAAUAGAUCUGAGAAAUAACUUUUUUUCAGUAUGAUAUUACAUUUCCUAUCUUGAAAUAAUCACAGCCAUAUAAUUAAAAAAAAACAUUGACCAAAAAACAUUUAACACAAAUACUAUACACACAAAACUAAGGUGAGCUUUCUUCUACAUUAAAAACAGCACACU